AUGGCUUGCGUUGCGAGACAGCCCCCUGAUGCACCGCACAAGGCUCACAAACUUGCCGGCUUCCUGACGUCAGAGGAGGAUCUGUUCAUCAAGACUCAUCUUGGCGAGCCCAAUGUCGACGUCGCUAGCUGGAGGUUAUCCGUGAGCGGCCACGUCGAACAACCAUUGUCUCUUUCGUUCGACGAGCUGCUCCAGUUCCCGCAAGCAAAGGUCACGGCCUUUCACAAGUGCGCCGGCAGCCCGUUGUUCCCACUCGCGCCAACUCCGGGUGACGUUGGCAACGUCGUCUGGUCGGGCGUCCGCCUGUCCGACGUACUGGAUGCGGUGAGGCCACAUCGCGACGCGGCCUUGGUCUGGUCGAGCGGCCAGGACUUUGGGUCCUAUCGCGGGGCGGAUCCCCAGCACUUCGGCAAGGAUCUGCCCCUGGAGCGGGCGCGGCGACCAGAGGUGCUCCUCGCCACGCAUCUCAACGGCGAGCCUCUCACGCGACGCCACGGGGGACCAGUCCGGCUGGUGGUCCCCGGCUUCUACGCGACCAACUCGGUGAAAUGGCUGCACUCUCUGCGAGUCGCGACGGAGCGCUCGCCAAGCAUCUUUACGACCAAGUACUACAACGAUCGGAUCGAGCGCCCCGACGGCACUAUCGCGACUGCUCCCGUCUGGGCGAUUGCACCCGAUUCCGUCAUCAUCUCACCGCUUCCAGGCGCGGACUGCGGGGGCAGCGUCGUUGUUUCGGGCUGGGCUUGGAGCGACGAGGAGAUUGCGACGGUGGAGGUGAGCCUCGAUGGCGGACGGUCCUGGCAGGCUGCCCGCUUGGAUGCGCGAGAGGCGUAUUCUUGGCAGGCGUUCCGGCUUGAUGUGACGAGCCUGCCCUCCGGCUGCCAUCGAGCUCUCAGCCGAGCGACGGACAGAGCAGGGAGAGUCCAACCGAUCACUGGAGCACGGAAUGCCUCGGUGCCAGUUGACAUUAUGGUCUCCGAAUAA